CGCAAUGACAACGUGUCAAGUUUUGUGUACGUGUAGCACAAUUCCCGUUCACCCAGUUGACGUUUAUUGGAAGUCCAAGAUAUUUCAUUGCAGAUAUCUCUGUACAAUAUACCGUGUAACGUGUUAAAAGUGAAUUAAAACUAAUUUAUCUAAAAUGCCAGCUGCUCCGAGUUCUACAUCGGUGGGAUCAGGGAGUCGGUCCCCAAGUAAAGCAUCGAUUGCUCCUAGAGCAUCUAGCGGCGGUACUGUAAGGCAACGUAAAUCAACAACCACGACAACAGCUGCAAGAAGCCGUACUACUGGCGCUGGCUCUGGUGGCAUGUGGCGUUUCUACACCGAUGACUCCCCUGGUGUUAAAGUAGGCCCUGUACCAGUGUUAGUGAUGUCUCUUCUCUUCAUUGCCUCUGUUUUUAUGCUGCACAUCUGGGGAAAAUACACUAGGGCUUAGAGAUCCUAAUGAGACUGUUUAAGGAACUUUCAAUUAAUGGGGAGAGAGUGAAUAUUUAAGUUAUGAGUGAUUAAAUAUUUGGUGAAUUUACUAUAAAUAUUUUUAUGUUGUAUGUUACUUUGAUCUUAACUUUUAUUCUAGAUUUAAGAUUAUGUCAUAAAUGAAUAAAUACAUUUUAAAUAA